AUGGCAAUUCGCGGGGAAGCGGGGGAACCCCAUUUCCGGCAAGAGGCGCCGCGUGUUGCAAUUCUCAUCAAUACCCUAAGCUCCCUGAACUCCACGAACCAUGUCAACUUUACCUUGCUCGAACUGCCGUGGCGACAGAAGACAGCCUAUUUGCAAAAGAUUUUCCACCAAGAUCAGACAUGGGUGAACAGUAGACCGAGAAACUGGAAGGCAUCGACUCGUUCUUCGGCAGCCGUGAGAUCGGAGUCCCGCAUAGCGAUGUCGUUGUCAUCACCACAGCCCGAGGUGUCGCUGCCGUCGCCGGAUCAGGUUUCCAGUGAUAUGGGACCUAGCAUCAGUCCUCGAGGUUAUGGUCAAAAUGGAGCUUUCGACGAGUUCCAAUCCAGACAAGAAGAUAACGUGGCGACAGCUGUCUCUUCCUACUCACCGACCGCUCUUCCAAUAUCUCCACCGGCAUUGCAGAGCUGCGAGGCAUCUUCUAAUACGCACCGUUCAACAAACCCAGGAUUCUGCCAAGACAAUCGGAGCACUUGCGCUGACAGUCAUUUCACAACUCAAGAGGAUCUUUCAAGCACCAACCAUCGAUCCCCCUCUUGUCAUGGAAAUAUUGGUGAUCUAACAGCCGAUGUCCAAGAGUCCUGUUUGCUCCGAUACUUUAUCGAGGAACUGUCUCCUUGGUUUGACCACUGCGAUGAUCGUAGGCAGUUCCAAUUAGUCGUUCCUGGUCGGGCUGUGCAAUGCCUAGCUCUGAGGAAUGCCAUCUUUGCGGUAUCCUCGCGUCAUCUAUUCCGGUUACCGCAAUAUAAGACUCCCCAUGGCAUUGUUUACCAUGGACAAACUCUGUCACAUUUGACACAUGCCACUUCGCUUGAGUACAUGCUCAAAUGCAUUCCGGAAUUGGUUCAAUUCCCAGAAAUUCAAGAUUCGCGGCAUCAAGAGAAUAUCAUGGCCGCGACAGUCAUUUUACGUCAGUACGAGGAGAUGGAAGAGGAGAUUGAGGAUGGAGACGAGAAGUCUCAUGCGAAUGAAAGAGUCAACUUUUUGGCCAUCACUCAAGCAAUCAUUGAUAGAAUGAUUUUAACGCCGCUGUAUCAUUCUCUUGCUGCUGCUGCACACUGGAUUGCAAUUCGACAGGAAGUCUACUUUGCGUUUACCAGGCAGCGAUGUCCACAAUUUCGGCUCGACACUGACCACUGGCGAAAUUUCUCAGUUGCCAAUACUAUGGUAGUGUUUGCCAGCCAGGUAGCCCGGUGGCGUUGGGGAAUGAAAACGACGGAAGAAUGGGAGCCAUUGAAGAGGCAACACCAACACCUAAGUGAGGAGUUCCGAUCAGAACUGCAACCGAUCCUGGAACGUAAACCAGAUCGAGCAAGAGGUGAAAUAUUUCCUACGAUUUGGUACUGCUACGAUUCCCAGGUGACGGCAAUUCAGCACUUGAAGCUUGGAGAGAUGAUUCUCAUUGCAGAAAGUCCUCAUCUUGAAAACGCUAGAGGUGCUGUUCAUCGCAAAGCCGAGGCACAAGUCCGAUCCAUCGUGCUAAGCAUUUGUGGAAUCGCGUUAAAUCACCCGCGGUGUCAGCCUGCGAUGGUAAAUGCCGUAAUAUCCAUCACACUUUAUGGCGGCUAUUUCACUCAAUCUGAGGAUAGGGACGCGCUGCUUGGAAUCAUACACCAAACCAUGGAGUUGCACUCGUGGCCGAUGCGAAAGCCAUAUCACCAUAUCCUAGACCAAUGGGAAGCGGUAGACAAUGUUGAGCUGUAG